AGGGGACGCCGGGCAGAGUUCAGACCAUGGCGGCAGCGAAGAAACAGGUUCCCCAGGAGCCCCUGAGCUUCGUGCUGCGCGGGCACCGGGCCCCACUCCGGUGAGUGCGAACAGCAAGAGGAGCCGGAGACCGCCCGAGCUGGCAGAAUACUUAGAGCUCACUGAGCCCCCUCCGCCCCACUUCUUCAUUGCCCCGAAGGGGAGAGUGAAACCAGGGUACUCAAAGUCACCCAGAGAAUCAGGGUCUGGAGCACUAGCAACCGAGGGGACCAGGGAAGCCUUCCUGUAAGAGGUGGACCCAGAGCUGAGCCUGCAUUCAUUCGUUCGUUCAUUCAUUCAACGAGCAUUUAUUAAGUGCCUAAGAUGUACAGUCGCUGUGCUAGUUUCUAGACUUUGGAAGACGAAAUUGAAAUAGUCCCUCAAGGGACUUAUGGGGUUUAUGUUCUAUUGGGGAGGAUACAAUUAAACAACAAGUAUUUAUCAUCUACUGUGUGCUAGACACUGUGCUAAGGAUACAAGGAAAGGCAAAACCUUCAUUCAAAUGGGGAGAUACAUAGAGAAAAGAAACGAAUUUCUCCGUUAUACUCAGAAAAGCACCCAUGGCCAACAUCCUAACUCCCAUGAAUCAGUCAAAAGCCAGGCAUCCUUGGGCAAUCUGGAAAACACUUCAUGGAUUCAAGAGGAAGAAAUGGCUGGUUUGUCUCCUCGAAAAGACAGUCCCACGAUUGAGGACCUAGAAGAAAGUUUACAGAAGCUGAAGGUCCACGUGUGCCCACGCUUGGUCCCCAGCUCGAGUCAAGACUCUGACACUGACGAUGGCUCUGGUUCGGAGGCCACUGACCUCUGGAGGUCUACUCAGGCUCAGUGGCCUGAAGUCCACCGUGGCCCAUCUCCCACGAAGGAGGGGGAAGCCCUGGCACAGGCGCCCGUGCCCUUGGCCAGACCGGUGGGAAACGACUUAAGCCUUAGGACCUUAGGCCUUCCGGUGAGAUCCCUGGCUCCCGGCAGGUAUAGAGCAGGCCUCCUGGGAAAUGAGGUGGCCCCCACUAGCUGCCUGCCAUCUGUGACCUUGCUGAUGGAUGGACCCCCUGCACAGGCCUUCCCCCCGAAACUAGGGGCACCCCACGUGAUCGGGGUGAAGUCCCUGCUGCCUCCUAAGAUCCCAGUGCGGUCCUGCUCUCCCGGCAUACCUCGAGGCAGGUCCCUUUCUCUCACCCGCUCCCAUUCUUUCUCCCCUGCUUCCAAGAGGACUCGAUGGGUCCGGUCUCGGUCACAGUCCCCCAGGCCCAUCUGGAGACCCACCUCAGCCAAAGCCAAUGCUUGUGCACAGCCUCCCCCUCAGCUCAUCCGGCCCGGAGGGAGCAGAAAGAAAAUGACUCCUAGCAGACCGUCUCGAUCUCGAACUUGUAAAACGGGGCACUGGGCCACCCGCCGGGCCUGCAUGACCCCUGAACCCAGGGAGGAAGAUGCCCUGGACCACUCCUGGAGCCCUUACUGCCUACCUGUGCCUGGAAUCUCCUCUCCCCUGGCUCAGGAGAUGAACGAAAGGUUCUUCCAGACCCUCACAGAAAGUAAUGUGCAUCAGUCCCUGGGGACCAUGGACCCAAUCCAGAAAACCUUGACACGACUCCGUUUGCAGCGCCUUCGGGCAGAGGAAGAGUGGGUACUAGAACUGAAGAGGCAGCAAGAACUGGAACGGACCCGAGGUCCCAGGUCCAAGUGGUAUGAGAUGAAAAGCUCCCAGUUCCACUAUGAAGCCCACAAACAUAAUGAGUGGCUGAGGAACAGCCAGGACUCACCGUUCCUCUAUAACUACAGACAAGAACUGGCUUCCAGGGCCGAGGAGUUUGAGGAACGCUCCAAGCCUCCCCAUCUGGAUUCCUUUUUAACGCGGCAGGAUCAUUAGUAACGGGAUUGGAAGGCUAAUGAAGCUCCAGGCUGAAGCCUUAGCAUUCUCCGGGGUUCUCUGCUUUUGUGGAAUGGAGAGCAAGUCGGUCACUGUCUUCCAGCGUGAAGACCCCAAAUCCAGAGGGGCCUGCCUUCAAAAGAGGGACAGGACGAGAUGGCGCUGCGUUCUGAAUGGCCAAAGACUGGAAGGUGCCAUCUUGGAAGAGAGAAAUCUGAAGCCCGAAGGAGACACAGACUUCUCUCUCUCGUCCCCAUUGCUAAAACCAAGCAGAGAAGGGCUGGCUUCUUCUGGAGAGCUGUUUAUCCAUUCAUUCUCUUGCUUAAAGGGUUCUUAUUAAAUACCUACCAUCGCCAAGCGAGAUACAAAGUUAAGCUAAGACAACUCUUGUUCUCAAUUCAAUCCAGUCAAACAAGUACCAAGUGGGGUUCUCUACAUGACAUGCAGGAAGCUAAUGUCUUCAAAGGGAUAACAUACACAGAAUAAACCCGAACAUACAAUAUUACGAGAAGAGUGCCCCAGAGAGCUGCCGAGAGCAAUGUGGAUCCAAGGAAGAAGGUUGUUGCCAGCCAGGGCUCGGUGGGGUGGAAGCUAGAGAUUGGGGAAGUCUUCCUGGACAAAGUAGUGAUGGAUUUGAGCUUUGAAGAGUGAAUAAAUAUUCAGCAAGCAAAGAGGGGGGACAAAGCCCGGGACAGGAGCUGCUGGUGUUGGUGUUGGCCACAUGACAAACAUGAUUAAAUAAAACGUUCUGCUUGAUAGUGUUUGAACGUCCCCGGCACUUCCCAGCUCUUUGGGGUUUAUAAAAGUGUAUGUACUGGGUCUAAUUAACUAUCCGGGGAGGAGUCAGAAGCAACUGCCUCAGUACACGAUUUCCUCCUUAACAUUUAAGACACCUGAAUUAUGUUUAUUACUUGAAUGUGUGGUUGGGUCACAAGCUAGACUUUUGAGAUAAGGCCGGGUUUCUAGGUGACAGGUGGGACAAUCAUGUUAGGACCGAUUGGCAGAAUUCCAAAGAAAGUUCCUGUCUGAUUAGACAUAAAAUAUACCAGAUUUUUAUCGAGGAGCGUUCGUGUGAUCAUUACCUGGCAGCUCAAGACAUAGCAUCCCCAAGGGGACAAUGUCAUAGGGUCAGCUUUCCCCCUUAAUGGCAGCAACCAAGACCAAACAGACUCUGGGGGAAAUGAGUCAGAGGUAUUUUGUGGCCAGGAGAUGGCACUGCAGCUCCAAUCUCUGGCCCAGAAUCCUCUUUGAUUGCUGGUUGGGUUGCAAAGGAGAGUUUUUAAUCUUUUUUUUCAAAGGGCUUUCACUUGAGCCGGUUUCAUCCAAACCAGAAGCUUUGGGUCCAUGCCUGAUGUUGGCACAUGGGAAGUUCCAGUCAGCAUAAAUGCUGGAUCCAGAGACACUCAGGUGAAAAUCAUUUGGGGGGAUCCGCCCCAUGGGCUAUAAUUGUCCUAAGUGAAGCUCUCUGCCCUGACUGGGAGUGGGAGAGAAGAGAGGAGAGAGAUAAAUCAAGACCCAGAGAAUGGAGAGUUGGCUUGGGGCCAGAGUAACGGGACUACAAGGCUUUCCUACAUAACAUUAAGUAGCUACUAUGUGCUAAGUACUGCUACAAACAGGCAAAAACCAGUCCCUGCUUGGAGAGGCUUACAGUCUAAUGACAUAGAGACACAUCCACAUCCACAUUCAUGCAUAUAAACAUUUUGAUUUUCACCCAUGCCUCAGGACAUGGUAUAUGUAUGCUAGAACUGCAUUCCAAGACCUUACACGUGUCACCAUCAAGCACCAUUAAAUACAACGCUGAGUCACAGAAGUCUUAAUUUGCACUGGUUUUCUCCAACACCUUACGCCUAGACAAAACAAAAACCCUGACUUAGAACGUUCGCUAGGGAUCGAAUGUUUACGCUGAAAAUCUAAUAAUCAGCAGCACACCCGUUAUAUAAUAUAAAAAAAUAUAAUACAUGAUAAAAAUAUUAAAAAUAUAUAUAACCACAUGUAUAUUAUAAAUUGUGUGUGUCUGUGUGUGGCUAAGUGGUAUAAAAUAGUGUUGAUCUUAAUUUUUUGGUUGGGAAUUUCCUGAUGUCUUCCCAGCCCUAACUCCUAGUAUAGUUUUGCUGUAUAUGUAUUAAAAAAAAAAAAAAAAGUAUUUGCAGAAGGAAGAUAGCCACCCCACCCAUCUUAGUCCAGGGAGCUAGACUUCAUAGGCAAGCCUUCUUGAAAAGGCUUGAAUGACUAACAUAAAUAUUAAGGAUUUCUUGUGUGAAAGGGAAUAAAUAUGGUAUUCCAAGCAAUAGAGUUGCAGGCCUGGAGUCACAAAGAUGAUUCUUCCCAAGUUUAUAACCGGCCUCAAGACACUUAACUGAUUUGCCUCAGUUAACCCCAUUUGCCUCAGUUUCCUCAUCCAUUAAAUGAGCUGGAGAAGGAAAUGACAAACCAGUUUCUUUGCCAAGAAAAUCCCAAAUGAGGUCACCACAUAUAUAUGUGUGUGUGUCAUACACAUAUAUAGACAUAUACAUCUCUUCCUUAGCCACGUAGGCUGUUCUCAGACUGGCUCACCUAACUCAUAGAAUCAGAGAUUUCAAGCUAGAAAGGAUUCCAGGGAUCAAGUGAGAUUUUAUGUAAAAUGAUGCUUUGGAAGCCUUUUGUAAAUCUCAAAACACCCUAUAAACAUGAGCCCUCCAGCCCAUCCCUCCUGCUUUGUGAAGAGCUGAGUGCAGAGGGGUUUACUGUCCCAGAGGUGGUUGCAAGAGCUCUGGGUCCCAUGUGAAGGGCUGGGCUGGACUCAUUUAUAGGCCCCCUCCCAGUUCACUGCGACCCCUGACCCUGAAGGCUCUGCAGAAGGCCGAUCCCUGCUGAUUCCCCCUUGGGGUCAUGCUUUCUGUGCCCGUGACCGGCUCUUUAAAGAGAUGGAAGCUGGAUCUGGGCAGCUCUGCUUUGCUUCUCUCUGAGACAGGCGGGGCUCCCUUGGUGGGGGGGCUCGCCUAUUAGGCUACUCAGCAAAUUCUGCAGAUGUUCCCUCUGGAGGAGUUGUCAUCCUUGCCUCGUGCUUUAGAUUUUGCUAAGUAAUUUCCUCCAUCUUCCCAUUUUCGCUGUGAAUGCUCAACGCCCAUCAUUAUGUGGCGAAGAAAGUUAGCAUGACCAGGAUUUGCACCUUCUCCCUAGUGAACACCCAGCUUGCUUGGAACACCAUAUUUAUUCCCUUUCACACAAGAAAUCCUUAAUAGUUGUGGAAGUCCUUCAAGCCUUUUCAAGUCAGUGCCCGUGAAGUCUGUCUCCCUCAUCUAAAAUGGGCCCGGUGGCUACCUUCCUUCUGCAAAUGCUUUUUUUUUUUUCCCCAUAUACAGCCAGGCUAUAUUAGGAGUUAGGGCUGGAAAAAGACCAGGAAAUUCCAAACAAUAGAAUAAAUUAAGAUCAAGCUAAAGAAUGCAUAGUUGGAAGCGAUGACAUGAUAGCUAUCUUCGGAGAUUUGAAAGGUUGUAAUGUGAUAGCAUUGGUCUUGUUUUUCUUGAUCCUGGGAGCAAAAUUAGGAACAAAGAAUGGAUGGAUAAAAAAAGCAUUUAAUAAGCAAACAAUAUAUGUCAGGCACUGUGCCAGAUGUGAGGAUCCAAACACAAAAAGCAAGACAGCACCUGUCCUUUAAGAAGCUUUCCUUCUAAAAGAGGAAAAGCUAUAUAAAUACAAGGGAGGGAUGUGAGGGGAGGUUAUAGGACUUUUGAGUGGGGACCCUAAGAGAGGGGCUUGACACGCUCCUUUCCAGGGCAAUGGCAAAAUGGAUUAGAUUGUGGUUCCAGGAUUGUGGUGGCAGGGAGACGUAAGGGCCAGAUGAGUGUGGAACGAAUCAGAUUUUAGGUUGCAAGUAAGGAAAAUCUUUCUGCCCAAGAGAAUGGUCCAAAGGUAUUUGGGGCUGCCUUGGAGAAAGCAGACUUCCUGUUAACGUAGCCCACUAGGUAAGGCCGGAUAGGUUACUAAUUGGCAAUGCUGCUGUUGGCACAAAUACUUGUGCUAGUUGUGAGGUCAUUGAUAAAAUUGCUUUCUAACAAUAUGCUUUUAAUUUAGACACUCCUAUGGAGAUCAUGACAACAUCAAGAUUAUACAACAAUCAAUUCUGAUGAACAUGAUUCUUUCCAACAAUGAGAUGAUCGAUGCCAGUCCCAAUGACCUUGUGAUGAAGAGAGUCAUCUGCCCCCAAAGAGAGGACUGUGGGAACUGAGGGUGGAUCACAACAUAGCAUCCUCACUCUUUUUGUUGUUCGCUUGCAUUUUGUUUUCUUACUUUCUUUUUUAAAAUUUCUCUUGUGCAGCAAGAGAAUUGUAUAAAUGUUUACACAUAUUGGAUUUAACAUAUAUUUUAACAUGUUUAACAUAUAUUGAAUUGCUUGCCAUCUAGGGGAGGGGGUGGGGGAAUCUGAAACACAAGGCUAUGGAAGGAUCAGUGUUGUCAAAUUAUUGGUACAUAUGUUUUGAAAAUAAAAAACUUUAGAAAAAAAUAAAAUAAAAUAGGAAAAAAAAAGACACUCCUAUGUAAAUUAUUUGGACAGGAGCGUUUGCCUUAUGCAUUAAAGUAGUUUUUUCAUCAGUCCCCCUAUACCUCCCCCCUCCCCAGUCAAACUAUUAAACAACCACCAUUGCUUCUGGAAAGGGCAGAGCAAUCCCUCCCUCUAGUCCCUUUCACCAUCUCUGAGGCAGGCUAUAACUCCCACCCGCCCCUCUCCCCUAUAUGUGUGGUCUACCUAGAAUGUAAGCUCCUUGAAUAGGGACUGUCUCUCUUUUUGUAUUUGCAUCCCAACACUUGGCACAAAAUAGGUGCUUUAAUAAAUGCUUUUUAUUCCCUUGUUAGAUGCCGUAAUCUUGAGCUCCAGGAGUGCUGGGACCAUGGCUUAUAAUUCAUAGAUUCUGGAAAUGGAGGGGGCUUCCAAAGCCAUCAAUCCAACCUCUCCAUUCUAUAGAUAAGGAAACUGGGAUGGAAAGAGGUUAAAUGAUUAAGUAAGUGUCUGAGGCAGGAUUUGCUGGGCUCAAAAGUUAAGAACUCCAACCACUACAUAAAUAUGCAUUAAACUUUACAGAUCUCUUUCUUCACCACCACCCUGAGAUCAGGUUUUUUUUCAAGUCAUCAUAUAUUAAUUGCCUGCUAUGUGCCAGGCACUGUGCUAAGUAUUGGGGAUACAAAAAAAGGGAAACUCUGAGAUACUACUACACACCUCUCAGAUUGGCUAAGAUGACAGGAAAAGAUAAUGAUGAAUAUUGGAGGAGAUGUGGGAAAACUGGGACAGAUACAUUGUUGGUGGAGUUGUGAAUGGAUCUAACCAUUCUGGAGAGUAAUUUGGAACUAUGCUCAAAGAGUUAUCAAGCUGUGCAUACCCUUUGAUCCAGCAGUGUUUCUACUGGAUCUAUAUCCCAAAGAGAUUUUAAAGGAGGGAAAGGGACCUACAUGUGCAGAAGUAUUUGUGGCAGCCCUCUUUGUAGUGGCCAGAAACUGAAAACUGAAUGGAUGCCCCAUUAGUUGGAUAAGUUAUGGUAUAUUAAUGUUAUAGAAUAUUAUUGCUCUGUAAGAAAUGACCAGCAGGAUGAUUUCAGAAAGGCUUGGAGAUACUUACAUGAACUGAUGGUAAAUGAAAUGAGCUGAACCAGAAGAUCAUUGUACACGGCAACAAGAUUAUGAGAUGAUCAAUUCUGAUGGACGUGGCUCUUUCCAACAAUGAGAUGAAUGAGGCCAAUUUCAAUGAUCUCGUGAUAAAGAGAGCUAUCUGCACUCAGAUAAAAGACUGCGGGAACUGAAUGUGCAUCAUAAUACUCUCACUCUAUUUGAUGUUGCUUGCAUUUUGUUUUCUUACUCAUUUUCUUUCCUUUUUGAUCUGAUUUUUCUUAUGCAGCAAGAUAAUUGUAUAAAUGUUUAUCUAUAUUGGAUUUAACAUAUUUUAACAUGUAUAACAUAUUGGAUUGCUUUUAGGGGAAGGGGUAGGGAGGAGAACAUUUGGAACACAAGGCUAUGCAAGGGUCAAUGUUGAAAAAUUAUGUCCAUGUUUUUUGAAAAUAAAAAGCUUUAAUUUAAAAAAGGUGGGGGGGAAGUCAUCCCCAUUUUCUUGAGAAGAAAACUAGCUGAUAUUAAGCUAGAGGUCACCAGGUUAUUAAGCGUCAGAAGUCAGGCCUUCCUUUGGACUCCAAGCCCAGUGGUCCCACUCCACCAGGGCUGUUUCGUCCAACCUUUGAGGGCCCAAAGGAAGGCAACUAGAAAGCAGAGGGAUGACGCUAAUUCUGUUAAAUCCCUGCGUGUAGGGCCAGGAACAAUGGGUAGAAGUGAUGGAAAGGCAUAUUUGAGCUGAGUGUUCACUUUUAGAGGUAGACAGGAAAGCAAGGGUUGUCCCUCCCUCCAGGUCCUUCAGCAGAGUCUGGAGGACCAUUUGCUGCAGAUGAUAUCAAAGGGAUUCUGAAUUGGACUCAAAAGCUCCUUCCAAGCUCUGACCUUCUAUGGAGCACCCAGCAGUGUUUGACACAAAGCCGUCUUUAAUAAAUGUUGAAUAGGGUUUGGCCAGUUUCAUGAAAAUGAACAGAGGAAGGAAAAAUUUUGCAUUUAAAACUGGCAGGGAUAUUUUUCAGAUGAGGAAGCAGAUUCUAAAAGAGGAAUUGACCUGCCCAGGAUUACACAGGGAAUAGUAAGCGGCAGAGCCAAGAUUUGGACGGUUUCUCUUUCUAGCACACCAUGUUAACCUUGCUUGACAAGACUGAGGACAAAAGGGUCCCCUCUCUACUCCCUCCUCUCCGCCACACACACAUCAGGCCUGGAAAUCGGGCUGCUCCAGAAAACAGAUCUGUUGUUU